AUGGAGCACCACAGAGACACGGGCCUCGAUGACGUCCAACACAGACGACUACGGAAGCAACUCUCGUUGUCCCUAUUCUUCCAAGGCCGAGAUAAAGAAGCAAAAGAGCUGGUCCUGGAUCUGGCAGAGCACACUCGAGAGGAAUUCGCUACGACCUCUCAGCUCGUCUUUGUGCUAGCUCUCUCGCUCGCGCAUGAACUGGAAUUCGAGCAAGCCCGCACAACCUGCGAGCAUCUGUGCCAAAUUCGUUGCAUUGCUGGCACUAUGGCUUCUGACAAUCCGUCACGGAAUGACAUAUUCAAACUCUUGGUAACUUGCUACCGGCAGUCACAGGACUGGAUGGCAGCCGACGCUUUAUUAGCACAAGUUUCAGACAUUGACGAGGAUCAAUGCUUGCCGAGCCCUCUGGAUUUCAUCCUUGGAAGCGAAGACCUCCUGCUUGAAUUUCUGGGUGACGCGGAGUCUUGUACAACGCCAUCAAACUUCGUCAAUCAAGUUCAGAGACUACCAAUCGCAAAGAGGGUGACACCGCUUCAGGAGCGCCAUGACGCAGCGUCAGUCUUCACGACUCGGUUCGCAACAUCGGAAAUUGAUGAUGAAGACGGACGUGGCAGUGCCCUCCGAAUGGAACAAGCCGGGCAACGGAAAAUCUUCGAUUGCGACUCCACGCAGGAGGUCCCAAACGAACACAAAGACUCGAAUUCGCCAUUCCGCAAAAGAUAUACUCCACUGUCCACAUCGUUGAAGCAUCUUGCGUUCAGGAAUCGUUCGCACCCGAGCUUCCAGCUUUUGCAGUGGCAACGAUGUGCCCCUAAUGUGAAUAGAACCGCGCCGGGCCGUGAUAUAAUCGCUUGGAUGGAGGGGCAAGUAGCUGUCACCGAGAUGACACCAGCAGCUGACAGAUUUUCUGAUGAUGCGGAUUGCUCCCUCGACAUAUCGAGCUUCACUGGAUCAGGUCCGGCGGUUGCGGAACUGGACGGUGGUCCAAUAAUAAACACAACAAUACUCGAAGAAUUUGAAGCACGAUCCGGACCCAGGGGUGUUAUAUAUCCGAAUUCGCCCUUCGCGCCAUUGGAAAUCAUGCCUGAGUUAACAUGGGAUGUGUCACCAUCACCGUUCAUAUUGGGUGAUCAAAACUGCAUAAGCAUGGUCGGAAGCUCACUGGGUAGCCAAGCCUUCUCGGGCAUGAAUCGAUGCGGGCUUGAACAUACAAUGUUGGAGGAGACAGAGCCUGAGAAACUAUCAAAUACAUCUCAAGGGGUGUCGGCUGCUGAACAUCUUGCUAUUGCUCGAGGAACCCUACAAGAAAGGUCGCCCUGGCUUUGCGCCCCGGAAAGCGUCCCUAGAAGUUCCGAAAGACCACCAGGUGGUCGAGAAGGGCAAAUUAAGGUGACACUACCGGAAAAAAUGCCUUGGCUGAAAGGAUGUGUUGAACUGGACACAAGCCCUGGUGACCUCUCACCCCCACAUUGCCCUGAGGCCGGUGAAGAUGAUGGUUAUAGGCCAGAAAUGGAGAUGAUGGCGGAUCUCAAGCGGCAGAUGGAAAUGAGGGCGGAGUUCUCGACCUUUUCCCCCGAGCCCACUUUACUGAAGGCUUUUAACAGUAUCAGCUGUCAACCCAUUUCGGAACUCACAGGCGAGAUCGCAUCCAAGAUGUGCCAAACAGACUAUCAGCUAAGAGACAGCCUUACAAGUCCUGGGGCCAUACAUCCAGUCUCGAUGGCACCCGUCCCAACGAGUGAAGUCGGUAUGCAAACGCUCCGCAGCCUCCUCACGGAGGCCUCAAGUUCUUCCACGCAGAUAGAAGGGAUGGAAUGCACUGUGUCGCUAAGAAAGCAUGCCCACCGCGAUCUUGUCGAACACAAGAACAUGUCCAGCCUGUUCUCCGGAUCCGCCUCCCAAGGGCAGCCUCUCGAGACAUAUGAUGACUCAGAUCGAGCCAAGAACCUCCUAGAUGCUCAGAACAAAGCCCUCGCACUCUUCGACGAGGUCGAGAAGACGUUGAUCCGCCCAGGAAUCGGGGAGAAGGAUCUGAACGAUCAGAUACAUCAACUCGGAACCAGUCGCUACGGUCUUCAGUCCCACUGGCACAAAAGAGUUGUCAGGAGUGGACCGAAUUGCCUAUGUCCUUUCGCCGAGAACCCACCUGAUCGGAUCAUCCAGGAGGAUGACAUAAUUGUCGUUGACCUAGGCCCGGUGUUCGAGAAAUGGGAAGCCGACUUUGGCCGCACAUAUGUGCUCGGAAAUGACCCGGCAAAGCUCAGGAUCCGAGAUGCUCUGGAGCCUAUCUGGAAGGCCGUGCAAUCCAAGUUCAAGGAAAACCCGGACAUGACUGGGAAGCAGCUGUAUCAAAUUGCGGCCCAGCACGCCGAGGCGGAUGGGUGGAAAUUCGGUGCUGAUCUAGCUGGGCAUCUCGUGGGCUCAUUCCCACACGAACGCAUCCCCAAAGAUAAGACAACUCUGUACAUCGUCAGAGAUAACGAUGUUCCGAUGACUACGUUGGGAAAAGAUGGGAAUAAGCGACAUUGGAUACUGGAGAUACACCUUCGAGAUCAAGAAGAGCAGCUGGGCGCGUUCUACGAGCAAUUGCUGACGGUGUGGUGA